CAUUUAACAAACGACGUUAUCAGUUUGACUUAACUUUACGUGUCCUCUGACUGACGCUCCCUGAGAAUGUGCCAAAUCAAGUUCGACUUUAACUGCAAGGCCGGCUUUGGGAUCAAGUAUAACAGCAUUCUUUUCACUCUACUUACUCUCGCCGUUGCGGCGUCGACCGUCUUUUUGGGAGGUCUGGCCUCUCUGCAAAACGAGUGCCACGACGACGGGGUCUAUGCGGGAAACACCAACCUCCUUACGGGUGUCACGGGCUUCAGCGCAACCACCCUGACCUGCAAGAAGAUUUAUCGCUUCUACUGGUUCAUCGUUAGCUUCGAGUAUGUCAUUGCCGCCAUUGGCCUUUACGCUGUGUUGGUCGAAGGCAAGCUGUCUUGCCUCAAGGGCUCUGUGAUGGGCCUUUUUGUCAUUGGCACCCUGCUCUUCAUUUACACCUCCAACUCUUUCCUGAACAUCCUUGAAGUGAAUCUCUUCCAGUCCGAGACCCUCCGCGACCGCUCCAAGACUGCCGUGGCGGGUGCAAUCAUUACAGCCACGCUCAAUGCCCUGACGGUCUUUGCUGCUGGUUACCAAGAGUAAAUUUUCGGCUGAUUAAACUCGUCGCCACCAUUUUUGUUUGACUGUUAGUUAACUGCGGUACAUCCGGGAUUGUUACUGAAGCAGCUUGUGCUUUUGAAAGGUAUAAUGAUAUUUGAUGUGCUUCUUAUGCAAGACAGCGUUCUGGAAGCAGCGUUCCUAUUGCGCGUUCCUGAGACUAGGCAUGGUGACCGGUUCAUAAAUGACGAAUAGGACUGGGCGUAAUAAGGGGGUGCACCUAAGAUUCCUUGCUCAUGAUCUCCAAUGUAGUGACGCAUACACUCUUGCUUUCUGGCGAGCUGUUUGUUUGAUAAAUAGCGCCCCAAUUUGGACUUUCAACCGAACCCCCAUGCGGGUAGGCAUCCAAUACUUUUCCUGUGCAUAUACAUCGUGUAAGCCACCAUGUUGGUGAAUUUCAGUUGCCCUAUGCUGUCGAUAUAAGCUGCGGAACAACUCAGUUUCAUCCGUUGUCGGGGUUUGCGGCAUGUGCAAGAUUUGCUAUGUAAUCAAGUCGCGCCGCUG